AGUUAGGAAGUGAAGGAGCGUCUGAACAGCAGCUUGUUGUAAAUAUGAAGCGGUGAGAUUGUCAUUAUAUACAGUUUUUUUUUUUUUUUUUUUUUUUUUUUACAAAGUACUCCCCCCGCCGUCUCCUUACUCACCGAGCGCGUGCUGAGGAAGAGAAGUCAUUUACCAUGAUGUCAGAAUGCGACCCCAUCGACACCGAGAGCGCGAGCGCAGCCUUCACCGAGAGCCGCGUCCCGGAGCCGGGGUUACUGCGCGCGCUGCCCGGUGGAGCUCAGCGGGUCUGCGGCUCUACGGAGUCUGUGCUCACGGAGCUGGAGGCGGAGGAGGAGGAGGAGGAGGAAGACGCGCUGCUGUUACCGGGACCAGCGGCCAGCGGCUCGGCCUCAUCCUCCCCGGCACGCGCCGCCUGGGACAGGAGGUCCAGACGGAACCGACACAGCUCCUCCUCGGAUAAAGAGAACCUGGCUUCUCCCGGAAACAGCAGUGGAGAGUUUAACCAUUUCCCAGAGGACCCGGUGUUUGGGGAGAUCAUCCAGCGGGCGGAGCAGGCCAUCGAGAGCGGCGUUUUCCCCGAGAGAAUCUCACAGGGUUCCAGCGGCAGCUACUUCGUCAAAGACUCCAAAGGGAAAAUCAUCGGCGUGUUCAAGCCCAAGUCAGAGGAACCGUACGGUCACCUCAACCCCAAAUGGACCAAAUACUUCCACAAGCUGUGCUGCCCCUGCUGUUUCGGCCGCGGCUGCCUCGUCCCCAAUCAGGGCUACCUCUCUGAGGCAGCCGCCUCGCUAGUGGACCAAAAACUCAGCCUGGACGUCGUCCCAAAGACCAAGGUUGUGUCUCUGGCUAGUGAGACGUUCCACUACAACGCUAUCGAUCGAGCGAAAUCUCGCGGGAAGAAGUACGCACUAGAGAAAGUGCCUAAAGUGGGGCGUCGCUUCCACAGGGUGGGCCUGCCCCCCAAGGUUGGUUCAUUCCAGCUAUUUGUAGAGGGCUAUCAGGAGGCAGACUAUUGGCUGAGGAGGUUUGAGGCGGAGCCUCUGCCUGAGAACACGAGAAAGCAGCUGCAGUCUCAGUUUGAGAAACUCGUAGUGCUGGAUUACGUCAUCAGGAACACAGACCGAGGGAAUGAUAACUGGCUCAUUAAAUAUGAGAAGGCUGGAGAUGGGGAGGAGUCUGAGAAGGGUUGUGAGUGGAGUGAACAUAAAGAGUGUGUGAUUCGGAUCGCUGCAAUUGAUAACGGCCUGGCCUUCCCCUUCAAACACCCUGACGAGUGGAGAGCAUAUCCGUUCCACUGGGCGUGGCUCCCUCAGGCCAAAGUGCCGUUCUCUCAGGAGACGAGAGAUCUGGUUCUGUCUCGGAUCUCUGACAUGAACUUUGUACAGGAUCUGUGUGAGGAUCUCUAUGAGCUCUUCAAGACGGAUAAGGGUUUUGAUAAAACCAUGUUUGAGAAGCAGAUGUCUGUGAUGAGAGGACAGAUCCUGAACCUGACCCAGGCCCUGAAGGACGGGAAGAGCCCCCUCCAGCUUGUGCAGAUGCCUCGGGUGGUGGUGGAGCGUAGUCGAGGUGGAGGACAGGGUCGGGUGGUGCAGCUGGGAAACGCUUUCACACAGACGUUCCACUGCAAGAGACCGUUCUUCACUUCCUGGUAGUGCAGGAACCUCCUGAAGCUGGUGGACUGUUCACAAAGAUCUCAAUACAACCUGGACACUGGAGAUGUGAGGAGUGGAGAUGUGAGGAGUGGAGAUGUGAGGAGUGUGUGAGGAGUGGAGAUGUGAGGAGUGUGUGAGGAGUGGAGAUGUGAGGAGUGUGUGAGGAGUGGAGAUGUGAGGAGUGUGUGAGGAGUGGAGAUGUGAGGAGUGUGUGAGGAGACACCUGUGGGGGAGGGGCUCUGUGAUGGUGUAAUCAGGAUGCUGAUGUAUUUUCCCACACCUUACUAAAAGUUCCUACAGCAAGACAUUCUACUGGAGAGCUGGGGUGGAGAGAUGGAGCGCUUCUUCUGCAUUCAGGAUCAUUUUGGAGCAGUUGAGACUUUCAUACAGACAUUCCACUAUACACACACACAUACACACACACACACACACACACACACAUACACACACACACACACACACAUACACACACACACACACACACAUACAUACACACACACACACACACACACACACACACACAUACAUACACACACACACACACACACAUACACACACACACACACACACACAUACACACACACAUACAUACACACACACACACACACACACACACACACAUACACACACACACACACACACACACACACAUACACACACAUACACACACACACACACACACACACCCCUCCACUUCAGGCAUCAGGCUUCUGGCAUGUGAUGUCUAUUUAUUGACCCAGAUGACACUUUCUACUGGGCCAUGAGGAAGAGCAUCCUGAAACUAAGAUGUUUUCUCCUUCAGAUGGUUCCAGAAUCCCUUUUCCCAGUUGAAACCCUGAGGGACUUUUUCUCAGGAAAGAACUGGAGGUCUGUCUUUGAUCCAGUCACUGGCCAACCUAGAUAAAUGGGGUGGACCAUUUAAAAAAAACUUUCACUGCACAAGGUUCUUCUCCAGUUCCUGCUUAUGGAGGAGAUGCUUUUGGGAAGUUCUGACCCAGAUAUUAUUGUAUGUUGAGAUGAACUCUCGGUGUCCACUAGAACAGGAGCAGGGUCUUUUUUUUCUUUCUUUAUUUUAAGCACAUUUCUGGUGAUGGAACCCAGCUGAAGGAUCCUCCAGGUGAUGGAAGCCGCUGGAGAGGAUUCUUGGUGUUUAUCUGGGAAUUGUGUAUGAAAGGAUCACUUCCUGAAGAGAAGUCCUCUGGACUGCUGGAUGUUUAAACACCAGGACUGAGGAACAGAACGGAAUUUCUGGACGGAAGGUGACCGAUUCUGUGGUCAGAAAUGAAGGUGUUUUAUUUUCCCUCUUGUUCCUGAAGCUCUUUGGUACGGUCUCCCCUCCACACGCUGCACUGGAUAUUAAAAAGGGAAUCUGCUUUUCUUUUGUUUUUGCUUUUUUUAAUAAAAUAAACUGCCAAGUUUUCUAAAGCUGUAAACUUUCUGAGGAAUGAAGCAGAAAUAUCAUGAAACUUGAAAAGAACACACACUGGGCCUGAAUGUAACCUGUGAGUUUACAUUUCUGAUGAUUCUCUAGGGGUCAGAGGUCAGCGAGGUGUGUUCUACACUCUGAAUGUAUUUAAUGGAAGCCUGGUGACUCCAGUGCGUACACACACACACACACACACACACACACACACACACACACUGAAGAAUAAAUAUUUGGACAUGUAUGCAUGGUGGACUGGACGUUCCUGCUGAAUGGCUGUUGAAGAAAUUCUACUUUAAAGUGACAAAUCAAUAAAACGAGUAUUAAAGUCAAUUCUAAACUA